AUGGCCACCAAAUACGCCAAAAGCCAAGGCCCUGAUUUCAGAAAUGAGAUCCAGCGCGUCGCUAUCAUCGGUGCCGGAGGCACCGUCGGCAAGCCCAUCGCUCAAGAACUCAUCAAAACAGGCAAGCACACUGUAACAGCGCUGACUCGCGCCGGGAGCCAAAGCACCUUACCCGAGGGCAUCCAGACCGUGCCUGUCGAUUACGACGAUAAGGCAAGCCUCUUGAGGGCCCUGGAGGGCCAGGAUGCCCUGAUCAUCACAUUACCCGUGACCGCGGCACCGGACACACAAUCCAAGAUUAUACAAGCCGCCGCUAAGGCCGGUGUCAAAUACGUGAUGCCGAAUGUCUGGGGCUGCGACGUCGCGAAUGACAAUCUAGUGAAUAGCGGACUAGGCUGGGAGCGACUCCGAGGGGCUUUCGACGAAAUCGAGAAGACGGGUGUUUCGUCGUGGGUGUCCCUUAUUUGUGGGUUCUGGUAUGAGCAUAGUGUGAGCCUGGGGCCGGCUACGUUCGGGUUCAAUUUUGCAGAGAAGAAGAUGGUGUUGUUUGAUGAUGGGGAGACUAAGAUUAAUGUCAGUACUCCUGCGCAGUGUGGGAGGGCUGUUGCGAAGUUGUUGAGUUUGAAGGUGUUGCCUGAGGAUGAGAAUGAUCGGAGUGUGACGCUGAGUCGCUGGUUGAAUAAACCCGUGUAUAUCUCCAGCUUCCGGAUUACUCAGAAGCAGAUGUUUCAGAGUUGGAAACGGGUCACUGGUGAGAAGAAUGAGGAUUGGACAGUGGCGUAUGAGUCCAGUCGUGAGCGGUAUGAGAAGGGGCUUGAGGGGAUGCAGAAUGGUGACCACGGUGCCUUUGUUCAGGCCAUGUACUCCCGUGUCUUGUUUCCAAAUGGAGAUGGGGAUUAUGAGAGCAAACAUGCUUUGGCUAAUGAGACUCUUGGUCUUCCCCAGGAGGACCUCGAUGAGCUGACCAGGAAUGCCAAAGUUAUGAUUGAUCGGGGGUACGAUUAUAUGACAAAGCGGGACUGA